CCGGGCUAGCUGUCAUUUUCUCGUCACACAAAUAAAAAGAAAAUUUAGAUUUUUCGCCCGCAUUUUUUAGUUAAAUCUCUACAUAAAAUUAUAAAUGAAGCUUCUAAAACCCAGCUGGGUUAAUCAUGAAGACAAACCGAUAUUUUCUGUGGAUAUACACCCAACGGGGAAGAGGUUUGCGACUGGUGGGCAGGGCGGAGACUCCGGGAGGGUCGUGGUUUGGAACCUAAACUCCGUUUUGGAUGAAUCUGUUGAAGUUGAUCCUAAUGUUCCUAAAAUGCUCUGUCAAAUGGAUAAUCACUUAGCGUGUGUAAACUGUGUGAGAUGGAGCAACGGUGGCAAGUAUCUGGCAUCGGGAGCUGACGACAGGCUGGUGAUGGUGUGGGGGCUCAGCAAGGCCGUGGGGGCCAGCGCUGCCAAGCAUAAGGCCGAGACAUGGAGGUGCCUCUCAACAUUGAGAGGACAUGCAGGUGACGUGUUAGACCUGGCAUGGUCACCCCUAGACAAGUGGCUAGCCAGCUGUAGUGUCGAUAACACUAUCAUCGUGUGGAACGCGGAGAAGUUCCCCGAGAUGGUGUGCGUGUUGAACGGGCACACUGGACUUGUGAAAGGAGUGGCUUGGGACCCGGUUGGCAAAUACUUAGCUUCACAAUCAGAUGACAAAUCAUUGAGGGUAUGGAAGACUACUGACUGGUCACCGGAGACUGUUAUCACAGAGCCCUUUGAAGAAUGUGGUGGUACAACGCACGUGCUCCGCCUGUCGUGGUCCCCGGAUGGUCAGUACGUGUUGUCAGCGCACGCCAUGAACGGCGGCGGGCCCACGGCGCAGGUGGUGGAGCGAGACGGCUGGCGCUGCGACAAGGACUUCGUUGGCCACCGGAAGGCGGUCACUUGUGCUCGGUUUAACAACAACAUAUUCGUGAAAGAAGGCAAGAAGUGUUGCUGUGCGGCCGUGGGGUCCCGCGACCGCGCGCUGUCCAUAUGGCUGACGUCGCUCAAGCGGCCCCUCGUGGUCAUACACGAUCUGUUCGGUGACAGUGUGCUGGACCUAUCUUGGAGCUCCGAUGGUCUAAACCUCCUAGCGUGUAGUUCAGAUGGUACAGUGGCUUGUAUACAGUUCACCAACAAAGAGAUUGGGACGCCACUUACAAUGGAAGAAAAGAACGCAUUCUACGAGAAAAUAUACGGCAAAUGUCUGGCGAACGAGUCGGGCGAUUUGUCGUCCAACUUGUUGGUGGAGUGUCCGGAGAUAUUGCUGGCGAGAGAGAUGCAAGAAGCGAAGAAGGAGCUGCCUAAAGAGGAGACUACGCCCAAGAGUGAGAGGUCACAGCCAAAGCCGCUGGUGACGUCAUCGCCGAUGUCGACGUCAUCGGUGUCCCCGGGCGGGCCGCUGCGCCCGAUGGACCGACAGAUCGAGACGCGAACCUCCGACGGCAAGCGACGCAUCACGCCUGUAUUCAUACCGCUCACACAUGCCGACGCCAACGAGUCUCUAGGCUCCCUCCCGGGCGGCACGGAGAACUGCUUCAGUACAUCGUCACAGAGCAAGUCCCGCAUCCGCGUGGAGCGCCGCGACGACGUCGUCAUACACCCCAACGUGUCCAACCACGCCACAUCGCAACUGACUAAGGUCACCGACAACGGGCUGGACGCGCGCCUGCGCAAGCGCGGCGGCGCGCUGCCGGGCCCGCGCGCCGAGCAGCUGUGCGGCAAGCGCGCGCGCACGGAGCCGCCGCCGCUGGCGCCCGCGCCGCUGCCCGCGCCCGCGCUCGGCACCGCCGGGCCCGUCGUACGGGCCGCCGGCGGCCUGCGGCUGCAGGUGGUGAACAAAGCAUGCAACACAUUCUUUGGUGCUUUGACCAAAAUUCAACUACUACCAAACAACUCGGCAUCUAGCGAACCAGUUUGGGAAACAUAUUUAGGGUCCCCGGUGUCGUGCAUCGCGUGCGACGCCCGCUGGGCGUGCGUGUCGUGCGCCGACGGCUCGCUGCACGCCUGGCGCCUGCACAGGACCACUGCGCAACGCGCGCUGCCGCCCAUAGCCCUGCUGGCGCCCGCCGCCAAGCUGACGCUGGCGGGCGACACGCUGGCGGCCGUCACCACCACGGCGCAGCUCGCCAUAUGGGACCUCGCCGCGCAGACCUGCCUCAUACGGCCACUCUGCUUCCGAGCGCUCCUCGCACACGCCGUGACAGUAACGAACUGCUCCCUCCUGGAUGACGGCAACCCUAUGAUCUCACUGAGCAACGGCAAGAGUUACAUCUACAGUCAGAAGUUGAGUGCUUGGCUGGUGUGGGCGGACGCGGGCGACCCGGUGUGGCGCGCGUGCGGCGGCCGCGCCGCGCCGCGCCUGCCGCGCGCCUCCCACGCGCUCUACCCGCUGGUGCGCGGCGCGCGCGUGGCCGCGCCCUGCAGCACCAGUUCGUACAGUUCCGACGCGGUUCGCAGCUGGUUGGAAGCUCAGCUGGCCUCGUGUCUACAUCUACAGCUUGAGAAGGAUUACAGACACUGGUUCCUGACGCUCUUCUCGCAUCUCAUCAACCAUGGUACGGAGACUCAACUCAGAACAAUCUUAGACGAUAUGCUGGGACCGAGCCACUGCACGUCUACGCCUAAGAAAUGGCAGUCUACUAUUUUGGGUGUCAAAAAGCACGACAUCUUAGAAGAAAUGCUCGAGCAGCUCGUGCGACAAAACCGAUGGCAGCGACUGUACACAGAAUACUCGGACCAACUGCAGGAUAUUAAGAAGUCUGACGUCUCCACUGUCAACGGUCAUUAA